AUGAACACCUCAUUCUGGUGUGGAGUUUUUCUCUUGUUCGCGCUGUCGGUUCGUCCAGGCAGCUGUUGCGUGCCAUCGGAAGCCAUGAACGAAACUCUAGAUGGUGACAACUGCGACGACGUCGCCAACCUGACAUUCGGUAAUCGGAGCCGUGAUCGAGACCACAUCAUGGUACGGGAGCCGCGAUACAUGCCAAUCGAGUACACAGUGUUCGGCACCGCCACGAUGGGCAUCAUUUUCAUCGUCGGUGUCUUCGGUAACGUCAUGGUUGUACUCGUGGUCCUCCAGACGCGCUCGAUGCAUACCCCAACGAAUUGCUAUCUGGUUUCGCUGUCGGUGGCGGAUCUAAUGGUUCUGCUCUCAUCGAUACCGAACGAAAUCAUGGCUCAGUACAUCCUGGAGGACGAAUGGGUCUGGGGUAGUGCAGGAUGCCGAAUUUUCAUCUUCGCGCAGUACUUGGGAAUCAACGCAUCGGCCCUAUCUAUUACAGCUUUCACCGUCGAGCGGUACAUAGCAAUUUGUCUACCGAUGAAAGCCCAGACGAUGUGUACGGUCAAGAGGGCCAAGAAGAUCAUUCUGUGCGUCUGGUUAUUUGCUUCUUGUUACUGUGCUCCGUGGCUGUUCUUCUUGACGACGACGCGACCUAUACACUAUCGAGGAUUCGAAAGUUAUUUCAAGGAAACGUGUACAUUCUCAUUGGCGCGAUCGUUCUACAUUCACUUUUUCUUCGCCGACUUCAUACUUUUCUACGUAGUGCCUCUGAUAGUGUCGUGUGUCCUUUACGGACUAAUGGCAAGAGUCUUAUUCAACACCGAUAUCGCGUCCGCCACCAAAGCGAAUGGAGACACGAAGACCAACACGAACAAUUCUUCGAGGAUCCAGGUGGUCAAAAUGCUCAUCGUGGUCGUGGUUCUAUUCGCGACUCUGUGGCUGCCUUAUCGGAUACUGCUCGUGUACAAUUCAUUCGCCAAAAAGCCCUACUUGGAAUUGUGGCAUCUCAUGUUCUGCAAGACGCUCAUCUAUGUGAAUUCAGCAAUUAACCCGAUUCUAUACAAUGCGAUGUCGGUUAAGUUCCGGCGGGCGUUCCGAAGAACCUUGUCAUGUGGUAAGCACCGAGGAGCUUCUUGCACCGCUAUCAACAACAACGUUGGCCACAGGGCCGGUGGACAACUGCAAGAAAACAGCGGUUCCCACAAUCCCGCCGGAGGACGAUCCCCCGGCAACCGGUCCACGUUGUCGUACAACCACUCGACAGCCAGUAGCGGAACGAUGAGGCUUAGCACGACCACGACGCUGUUGGCUAGCUCAAUCAAAAGUAGCAGUGGACGAGGCAGUCCUGCGACCGUAUGCCGGCCUGUCAGGAAGCCCGACCUGCUCCAGCAGAUGCUCUGA